AUGCAGAAUAUGAUUAACACAGUGAAGGGAAAGGCACUGGAAGUGGCUGAGUACCUGGCCCCAGUCCUCAAGGAAUCAAAAUGUAAGGAAACGGGUGUUAUCACCCCAGAAGACUUUGUGGCAGCUGGAGAUCACUUAGCUCACCACUGUCCAACAUGGCAAUGGGCUACAGGGGAAGAAUUGAAAGUGAAGGCAUACCUACCAAUAGGCAAACAAUUUUUGGUCACCAAAAAUGUGCCAUGUUACAAGCGGUGCAAGCAGAUGGAAUAUUCAGAUGAAUUGGAAGCUAUCAUUGAAGAGGAUGAUGGUGAUGGAGGAUGGGUAGAUACUUAUCAUAACACAGGUAUUACAGGAAUAACUGAAGCAGUUAAGGAGAUUACACUGGAAAGCAAGGAUAGUAUAAAACUCCAAGAUUGCUCAGCAUUAUGUGAAGAGGAGGAAGAGAAAGAUGAAGGAGAAGCUGCAGAUAUGGAAGAAUAUGAAGAGAGUGGAUUGUUGGAAACAGAUGAGGCUACCCUAGACACAAGGAAAAUAGUAGAAGCUCAUAAAGCUAAAACUGAUGCUGGAAAUGAAGAUGCUAUUUUGCAAACCAGAACAUAUGGCCUUUAUAUCACUUAUGAUAAAUAUUAUCAGACACCACAAUUAUGGUUGUUUGGCUACAAUGAGCAACGGCAGCCUUUAACAGUUGAAAACAUGUAUGAAGACAUCAGUCAAGAUCAUGUGAAGAAAACAGUGACCAUUGAAAAGCAUCCUCAUCUCCCACCACCUCCUAUGUGUUCAGUUCACCCAUGCAGGCAUACUGAGGUGAUGAAGAAAAUCAUUGAGACUUGCAGAAGGAGGGGAGAACUUGGUGUUCAUAUGUAUCUUCUAAUUUUCUUGAAAUUUGUACAAGCUGUCAUUUCAACAAUAGAAUAUGACUACACAAGACACUUCACAAUGUAACAAAGAACUUACAGUUUUUUCUAAUCAUUGGUUCUGAUUUUUAAAGAAUUAACCCAUAGAUGUGACCAUUGACCCUCUUAAUCAAUAUGUACAAUUUCUCUAAUAAAGGGACUUAUAUGUUUAUGCAUUAAAUAAAAAA